AUGCACGCUUUCCGCGCAAUCCUUUUCGGCAUCUCUGUUAUAUUGAGCUCUGCGCUCCUCGUAGCCGCCUGUUCCGAUACCAACGUCGGUGGUGCAUCCGCACAAACCCGCCUCGACGCGAUGUGCAAAGUCAUGGAAGUCGCGUGCAGCGACGUCGGACACACCAAACCUGCCGUCUCAUCAAACGCGCCGAAGACGCAGGACCCACUGGCAGCUGCGUUCGCUGCCCAUGUCAAGAAGCACAGUGCAAAGGCACCUGGAUCUGCUGCGCAGCAGCAGAAGGCGGCGCCAAUUAAUCUAUCGGCGUGCCCUGAAGGGUAUGGUUCGUGUCUGGGUGAAUGCUCCCAGUAUGAUCCUAGCAACUGGGAAGAUGGUGGCAGUGGUGCAUAUGCUGGAUGUGUUCUAGCCUGCUUCUUUAACUGCGUCCUGUGA